UGCAUGAAGCACCCCGAGGAGUGCGAGGGAAGGUUGUGAACACACGUGCCUAAACACACAACCAGCGGCUGUUAGAGGUCAUCAAAAUGAGCGAUAACGAACAUCGCAUUCGUUUGGUUCUCCUGGGCGGCGCUGGCGUCGGUAAGAGUUCCAUCAUCAGCCGCUUCCUCUACAACAAAUACUCCGACAAGUACAAGAGUACCGUCGAGGACCUCUACAACCGGGACUACGAGUUCGGCCGCAUCACUCUCAAAGUGGACAUCCUGGACACGGCCGGGGACUUCCAGUUUCCAGCGAUGAGGCGACUUUCCAUCGCCAAUGCUCACGCCUUCCUCAUUGUGUACUCUAUUAGUCACAGCCAGUCCUUCGACACCGUCCGUCAGUGUAUUGAAGAGAUCAAGGAGCAGCGCUCAGACUUCGAAGAGAUUCCUAUCGUCAUUGCCGGCAACAAGAUGGAUUUGGAGGUUGAGCGUCAGGUCUUCAAGGAGGACGUAACUGAGUGGAUCUACAGAGAACUGCAAAGAUUUAGAUGUCGUGUGAUCGAGUGCUCGGCCAAGGAGAACCUCCACAUCAAGGACAUCUUCAGGACAUUCCUGCAGAUCGGCAAGGUCCCCCAGGGAGAUGACACCAGCCUCAAGAGACAGUCGUCUGCCUACACUAAGAGCAGGAACCAGCGUCGUAGCCAGACACCUCCCAGAGAGCGUGACGCCAUCCCUGAGGUGAGUCAGUGCUCGCCAUCAGGACGAAGGUGGGUCAAGGAUGCUACUUUAAUGAGCUAUGCUCUCUUCACCUAUCUAGAUAGCGAAGGAUCUUGACACA